CGCCGCGAGGUUCGCACGCUAGCGUAUGCGCAAGUGAAAGUCAGCGCAGAUUCCGCGAUUUCGUGUUCCGACAUCUUCGGCUAGUUAAUUUAAGUUGCGCCAGUGCAAGGCGAAAGGAGGUCGCAGAUCGUACGUGGCCCGAAAGGCUACUUGUAAGACUGUGUUUUGUGCAUUUGGAUAAUUUUCACGCGUUUCUGUGACGACUUUCGUAUACGCGAAAAUGUGUUUCAUAAACGGAUAGAGCUUGUGCUCCAGUUUCAGUGGUAAAGUGACGUAAGUGACAAAAGUUUUCAAAAUGAGUACUAGUGAGCCAACACUAACGGAAUCCCCGGUUCCCUUGGCCCUAGCUCGGCUGCAGGGCCGCUCGAAUCGCUUGCCCCGCGGCCUGCGCACACACCGGCCCAGUUUGCCUCUCGCCAGCUUACAAGAAGCAGCCGAUGAAGGUCCUAGACGCUUCAGUGAUGAAACCUUCAGUCGUGAUAUAGACGAUGAUGAGGCUUUCGUCGAAACGGACGUCAUAAAACCCUCAGCCUCAAGUAGACGCAGAGCUUCGGAUGCAACGUUUGCUGAGCGUUAUAGAAAACUGAAUGAGUUCGAUGGACCUCCAACAGAAAUGCCUCGCCGUGCCUCCCUGGCCGUGCCCGUUGCUGACGGCUACGGACCCAGUGAGAAAGGACGGAGACGAUCCUGGGCAGCGAAAUUGCAACUCGAACGUAAAAAGCGACGAAAGUCGGGUGGCAAUGAUACAGAUGAGGAAGGGGAGACGAUAUACAUACGCCAAAAACGUCCGUCUUGGUGGAAUGUUUUUGUGCCAGAUAAUAUGCUUAAACACAGGUCUAGAAGGGCGUCCCAGCAGCUGUCCCGGAGCGCUGAAAGUAUUGAUCAGUCAUAUAAAAGGUCCAAGAGCCGAUCUGUGGACCAUGGCUUCGCGCCACCCUUCGACCUGGAUUCCCUGCGGUCGAAGGUUGAGAGUCGAUUUGAUGCUGUACAGAAAGACGAGGAUGAGCAGGCCAAGAGGCUACCACCCCCACCUCCUAUUAAAACUAUGACGUACACGGUUCGUGACCGGGACACUCUGACGUCAUUGGCUGCUCGCUUCGACACCACGCCCUCCGAGCUGACCAAACUUAAUCGACUGGCCACGCAAUUUAUCUUCCCAGGCCAAACACUUCUCGUCCCAGAUAAAAGAAAAGAUGGCGAUAAGGAUUCUGAUGGCCCUUCAGAAAGCGGCGAUAACACGUCGGAAUCUACUCAAGGGGCACCGAGCGAGCCAGCGCAGGAAAAAGAAUUGUUGGACAAUUUGAGGCCGGGUUCGCCCGAGGCGCCGGCAAACAAUGCUCCGCAGAGGUUCUUGAAGAUCAAUGUGCGGCACAUCACCGAUGGACAGGGAGUUGUAUCCGGAGUGCUCCUUGUCACACCAAACGCAGUUAUGUUCGAUCCAAACGUUUCCGAUACACUGGUGAUGGAACACGGCCCCGAAUCGUACGGUGUGAUUGCGCCAAUGGAGUACGUUGUGAAUGCGGCCAUAUUUUAUGAUAUUGCGCACAUGCGCACGCACGGGCCAGAUCAUAAUGCGCACAAAGUGGAGCAAGCUGAAAUAUAUUAUAUGAAUAAACCCGAGCAUUCACCUGGCAAGGACUCGCUUCUAGUCAAAGACGAAACAUUCCCCGAGCUGCAGGCAGCCAGCGGGGACGGUGAAGGAGGGGAAGAUCGACCCGCUUCCACUGAGGAAGAGAGAGGAGGAGCAGCCUUCCCCAAAGCCUUUGAGAGGGAAUUGGUCACACCCACCUUACAGCACCAAACAGCUGAAGAGAGGCGGAAGUCUUUGCUAGACCACCACUGGGCUAUCCCGAGUAAAGACAGGAUGUCUAUUGAUCAAGGAAGUGAGGUAUCAUCAAGCGCAGAUCAUGGAAAAGAAGAGAGCUUGGAAGUAUCAAUGGCAGAAGGAGUGGAAGGUGCUGAAGGCUCCGAUGUUGACCGUGCGGCCUCCGCUGAAGGAGAUGAUGCUGCUCAUCUUGUCAAACUGUCCUACCACGAUUCUGGGAUUGAUAUACGCGACCCAAUACUGCAUGUGACACCAGCUAAUGCGAAAAAGGAUGUUCUAGACGAAGAAUAUUAUCACGAAAUAGAGACUAUAUAUGAGACCCAGGAAGAGUCGCUUCAGGACAUUCAUUGUGAUGUCACGUACGAAGCGAAUUUCUUGAAGUGUUUUCUUGAACACGAUUUUGAUUUAUCACAUUCCACUGGUGAGGUAUACAGCGACGCUGAUAUAGUACUAUCUGCUGACUGGGUCCCACCCGUGUGUUUACCGCGCACGGAGCCGCCCCUUUCCGCCCCACCUCUCGGUGAGAACGACCGCGCACAACGCAAACCAGCAGCUGUCUCUUUCUCGCUUGACGGAAAUCAGAAGGAUGAUCUUUCAAAGCCGGAUAAGAAAAACAAGAUGUUAAAGCGUCUAUCUUACCCGCUGUCCUGGGUGGAAGGUUUGACUGGUGAAGGACAGCCCACAGGUCCGGGCUCUCAAGCCGACUCUUUGCCAACGUCUGCUGACAGUCAACAAUCCACCAGCGUCUUCUCCAAAGUAUUUAACAGUUCGCCAAUGAACCUAGUGGAGUUUGGUACUGGUUUGUUCCUGAGUAAAACUCCAUCGGAGGAGGCGCCGCAUGAGGCGCUGUCUGGACGCAGCUCCUUGGGCGGUUUUGGACGUUCUCACACCAAAGCAAACAUAUUGCCUCAACCGAAACUCGACUACCGAAGCAUGGUGUCCGUUGAUGAUAUGCCAGAUCUAUUCGCGUCUUUCGAUAAAUUGAUCCCGCGACCAGCUCGCCCAAGCGAUGACCCGCCAUUAUACCUCCGCUUGCGCAUGGGCAAACCUGCAGGUCGUCCUUUGCCGCGAUCAACACCUCUUAUGUCCUACGGCCGGAAGCGUAUGAAGCCGGAAUACUGGUUUGGAGUGCCACGAAAUAGGGUGGACGACUUAUUUAAAUUCCUAACACAUUGGGUCCCAGAUCGAUACGGACCCCUUGGAGACGUGUCUAUUAAAGGCUAUGAGCUCAUUGACAGCGACACCGAGUGGGAUGAUGACGAAACCAAGCCAGGACAAAAGGAACGAACUGGAAGUAGUGGCGAUGUGUCUGACCUUACAAGGGAAUCAUGGGAGCUGCUCAAGGCGCCCUACGUGAAAAUAUAUUCAAUUAUGAAGAGCCAAGCCGAAGCGCUGGGCGACUCACUCGGAGAAGAACCUCAGCCAGAGGUACUGUCGAUGAGCGAUGAGUUACGCCGGGCAUUGUAUUCGUCGAGUGCCUCUGUUGACAUGGAGUUUUCGCCACCAGAUCUCAUUGGUACAUCAGAGAUCUUCACCAUGGAGCACAGAGAGAAGCUAUGCAGCGUGUUACCGGCGCGUGCGCAGGGAUACAUGUGGUCAUUGGCAUUUAGUACCAGCCAACAUGGGUUUUCACUUGCCUCCAUGUACCGUAAAAUGCAGAGAGUUGACAGCCCCGUCUUACUUGUCAUUCAGGACACCGAUAAUAAUGUAUUCGGAGCGUUGACAUCAUGUGCGUUGCGUCCUUCAGAGCAUUUCUACGGAACUGGGGAGUCUCUGCUGUUCUCUUUCCAACGAAUCGAUGAGCCACGCACUUCCGAGAAGGGAGAUGACAUCAAGGACAAAGAUAAUGAUGUUAAAGAGAAGAAAGAUGAUGGGAAAGAAGAGAAGGAAGAAUCACCCGCACCAUUCAAAACUAAAUUCAAAUACUGGGGUUGGACCGGAGACAAUAUGUACUUUAUACGUGGGAGCAACGAUAACAUAUCUAUUGGCGCUGGAGACGGCAAGUUCGGCUUGUGGCUGGACGGAGACCUGUACUUGGGCCGCACUCAGCGCUGUACGACAUACGGUAACGAGCCACUCAGCACACGCGAGGACUUCAUCGUCAAAAUCAUGGAGUGUUGGACCUUCAUCUGAGCGACCAAAGCAGCUUUACAAAGCAGUCUUAUGAAAUUUGCUACGACAAUUUGACACUUUUACAAGUCGACUUUUACUUGGCACCCGCGCCCCGCGUAUCUCUAGUCAAAAGUACUGAACUCGACCAAUGUUUUCGAUUUACAUUCACGGAACGCGCCCGUGCGUCAAUCCUAGUCAAUUGUCAUUCGUUUGUAAGGUUUUAGAGGCGAUGGCACCCGAAAGGGACCGGCUGACUGUCAAUUCAACGCGUUGUUAUUACGUAUCAACGUUAUGUAGUAAUAUGUAGUGGGCCUCUCGGGAAAAAGUAAUAAAAGCCUUUUCUCAUUGGUCGUAGAAAAAUUGUUUAGAAGCUGUGUCUCGGUGUUACCCCCAGUUAAUCAUAUCGUUGUUUUGAUGUUUGCAUUGUUGUAGUACUGCAUCUGGCAACACUGAAACUUGCCAACCGUGACUGGUUCACAGAUUCAUCUGUGACAUAAUCUUAUCUAUCUUAUUGGUGAAGGCAAUUACCAUAGCUGCCUUGCUUAAUACAGGCUAGAUAAGUUUAUGGCACUGUUAAACUACGAUGCGAUCAGUAUGAUAAAGUUUAGUUUGCGUAGAGUGUUUGUUUUCAUGUUGGUAAUUUAGUCAUAAUUUUAAGUUAGCAUAAUUUAUGUUUACACUUCACUGUGAUUUGAUCGAUAUGGCAUUUUAUUGUAUAAUGAGAGUUGUUAUAACAUUAUCUUUUUAUUUUUAGUUUCAUUGGUACUUUCGAAUGUAUCAUUACAUUCAUAAGUAUUUAAAUUACGUUAAACUUAAACUAUUUUUAUGAUGUUAUCUCUUGAGUACAUGAGUAGUGGAUAAAUAUUAUAUUUAGAAAAAUAUAGUUAUAUUAGAAAGCUUUAUGGAUGUAAUCGUUGUGCUUAGUAAUUGUAUCACUUCGCAUGAUGUUGACUCAGAAUUUUGGGCUAUAGCCAAAUUAAAUUAUCAGUAAGUGUGACCCAUUGUCAAAGUUACUAUGAAGAUGACAUAAGUUGACAAAAUGUAAUUUUUCAUAAAAAUUCUGCAUGUGCACAUCAUACACACAAUAUUAUGUCUGUUAUCUUAGCUCGUAUGUUGCUAAUAACUGCUGCAUGUCUCUGUUCAGUAGUUUGUGAAAGUUGUGCAAUAUUUGUAGUAAUAACCUUACGUGAACACUGCAACAAGAUGUCAACCAUAUUGACAUCAAUCUUGUUCAUCAGCUUUUAGCAAAGUGUCAAUUAUUCGCAUUUUAAGCCAAAAACUUUUCUAGUAGCCAGCUACUGAAGGAUCCUAGUUUGUUUCGUUAUGGUCUAAAAUAAGCUAUGAGAUUAAUUAAAAUAUAUUUUUAUGAAGUAAUAAAUUGUUCAUAGUAGUGUCAGAUUGUUGAGCACAUUUAUUUGCUAGUGCAUCUGUCCAUGCAGUACUAUAUUGUUAUAAUUAUCAUAUUGACAGAACGAACUACCUAUGAAAAUAUAUCGGCAUAAUAAAUUGUUAAGAAUUUUAGUUAUAGUAUAUAGUUACUAUUGUUGAGUAGCAGUGAGAUAUGUACAUUAUUUAUUUUAAUUUUCAAAAUGCUGUAGCUGUAUUAUUUCAGGUGAUCUAUUUUAAGUUGUUAAUGUAAAUCAAGCCAUAAUAAUUGAGAAAUAUAUUCUUUUGAAAACUU